AUGCUAACUAUUCGUAAUGAAGGACCUUUCUUAGUAUAAGAAUUAGAUGUCUCAUUACAAUAAGACAAUAACAAUGCUAUUGUCAUAGAUGAAUCAGAUCUUGUCAUAUUAAUACCAGAUGAAUAAAAGACUAAAAAAAGAAAAUAAAAUCUAAGUAGGUAAAAUAAAAAAAAAUAGAAUAAAGUGUAAUCAUUCAAAAAAUCAAAUACUAAUUUAAUAUCAAAUAAGAAAGAAAAGAAACAAUAGAAAUUUAAUAACAUUCAUUGUAAAAAUAAGUUCUUCAAAGACAUAAAUAUGUAAUGUUCAUAAAUCAUCCAAAAUAAUGAUCUCAAUAAUUGCCCUCUAAAAUUUUGCACAAAUCAAGAUAAAGUUUCCAAUGAAUCUAAAGCAUUCUAAUCAAUGAUGGAAAAUGUAUAAAAAUACAAAGAAUAAGUUUCUUGGUCAAAUAAAAAGGAUCAUAUUUAAAUUCCAGAUAAAUUAUUAAAAGAUGAAAUUCAAGACAUUCAAUUGUUUGUUCCAUAAAUAAAAGGAAUAAAUGAUUCUAUUUGCUCUAAUACCUUAUAUCUAAAUAAAAUUAAAGAUAAAAUCCUUCAUGUUUCCAGUCCAACAUAGAAUACAUAAAAUAUCAAAUACCCAAAAGAUAUAUCAAGAGAUGCUUAUAUAGAAUAUUUAAAAAAUAUCUAAAUGAAUAGAGUGAUCUCUCAAAAUAAAUAAUUACCUUGA